AUGCCGCCCCGCCAGUGGAUCGAUAAGAAGAACGCGAGCACCUUCCAGCUCUUCCACCGUUCCCAACAUGACCCGUUGAUCCACAACCCCGAAGCGGAGGACAGAAUCCUGCACCAAGUUCGCGGUCCUGCUCCUGCUCCUGCUCCUGCUUCCUCUGCUGCAUCAACGACCUCGCAGAAGCCCUCUCGAAAUCUCCUCGAUCUCAAGUCUGAAUUCAACGAUGAGGCAAUUCGCCGCAACGAGGGCGAGGCCGCGAACUAUGGCAUCUACUACGAUGACUCGCGGUAUGACUACAUGCAGCAUUUGCGUGACCUUGGCGCUGGCACGGGAGACUCAUACUUCGUGGAGGCCAAGGCUGAAAAAGGCAAGGCCAAGGCGAAGGGCAUGAAGUUGGAGGAUGCGCUGCGCCAGGUCUCCCUCGAUGAGUCGCAAAGUGCCUACGGGUCGGAAUAUGGCGACAUGCGCUCAACUGCAACGUCAUAUAUCCGGAAGAAGACGUACCAAGACCAACAGAACGUCCCCGAUGCGAUUGCUGGUUUCCAGCCAGAUAUGGAUCCCCGACUACGAGAGACCCUCGAGGCUCUGGAGGAUGAGGAAUAUGUGGAUGAUGACGAUGACAUUUUUGGCGAGUUGACAAAGGGAGGAGAGGAGAUGGAACAGGGUGAUUGGGAGGAUACCAUGUUUGACCAAGACGACUAUGACGAAGGAUGGGAGUCGGACGCUACUGAGAAGGCACCAGUCCAGACAGACAGCACUGACGCCCUGCGACACACCGAGGAGGCGGCAUCAGAGAAAGGCCCUGCCCCCGAUCUCGAGCCUGAUGAAAUGCCCGAGCCCGAUGUGCCCGCUCCAGAUAUGCACCCAGAGGAUCAAGGAUGGAUGCAGGAGUUUGCCAGGUUCAAGAAGGACGCCAAGGUCGGCAAAACUGCCGCACCCGCGGCACCAACAAUUACGCCCUCCGAGCAGCGUACUACGGCAUCUACUGCCUUUACAGCUGGAGGUACUCCGAUUCGUCGGAAGAAGCGCAAGGGUGCCUUGACGAACCCGUCCGCCUACUCGAUGACCUCAUCUGCGUUGGCUCGUACCGAGGGCCACCGCCUCUUGGACGACCGAUUUGAAAAGGUCGAGGCCCUCUACUCUCUCGACGAGGAGGACGAAUAUGAUGACAGCAUGUCUAUGGUUAGCGGGAUGACUGGAGCUACUGGUAUGACAGGCAUGUCCACCGCGUCGUCCCAGGCGCCCAGCCUUGUCGACGGGAACGGCGCAGCACUCUCGCGCAGCGACUUCCACAGUGUCAUGGACGACUUCCUCUCUAACUGGGAUGACAAUACUAGUGCUCAGGCUAAGCGUAAGGGUGCUAAGAACAAGCGUGGCAAGAACGGUAAUGAGGCUAUUGGCAUUCGCAUGCUUGAUGAGGUGCGCCAGGGCCUUGGCCCAGCUCGGUUCUCGGCUGAUAGCGGCAAGGUCCCUGGGCGAGCUUAG